AGCUGGUCUGAUGAAGUACUGAGCUUUUGUCAUCUGAGAAAGAUAAAGCAUUUCGCUGUAACUAUCAUCAGAAAUGAAGUCUCUCUAUCUUGGGUUYUCUGUUACAUUGAUACUUUUGAGCUGUUUUGGUUGUGUAGCUGMUGGAGAAAAGGUUUGCUAUGGCAAAUACGGCUGCUUCACCAACAAUCCUCCCUUCGAUCGAGGUCUUUUGUACAGCUGGUUGCCAAGCCCCCCAAAGGAAAUACAAACAAAAUAUUUUUUGUACACAAGAGAGAACCGAAACGAAUACAAUAUUAUUGACGAUAGUGAUGUUGGCAAACUUAAUUCUUCUACAUAUAAAAGUUCAAGAAAGACUGUUCUUAUAAUUCAUGGUUGGAUUGAGGAUCCAAUGGAGCGCUCAUGGGUAAAGGAUAUGAAAGAUGCAUUACUCGACGAGGGAGAUGUSAACGUGGUUGUUGUUGAAUGGAAAGAAGGUGCUCUUGAGCUUCUUUAUCCAAAAGCUGUUGCCAAUACACGUUUAGUUGGAGCAAUGGUAGCAGAGCUUCUCAAGUUUCUGAACUCCCAAACGAAUUCAGUCAUGUAUCACGUGAUCGGGUUUAGUUUAGGGGCACAGGUCGCAGGGUAUGCUGGGAAAAGGUUCAAAGAAAUAAGUGGCUUAAAGAUUGGUCGUAUUACAGGAUUAGAUCCAGCCGGCCCUGGAUUCAUGGCUGAGCACUUUGAUGUGAGACUCGACCCCAAUGAUGGAGAAUUCGUAGACGUUAUUCACAGUGAUUCGCCGAGCAUCGGUAUUCCGGACAAAAGCGGAAAUGUAGAUUUUUGGCCGAAUGGAGGAGAAACACAAACUGGUUGUAUACUUAGUAAAAGAAAAAGAUCGCUAAUUUAUCAACUUGGAAUUAAGACACUGGCAUGUAGYCAUGUUCGUUCAGUUUCGUAUUUUAUCGAGUCCAUCYKGUCUAGUAACUGUUUGUUUCGUUCAUAUCGCUGUAUGUCGUGGAAGACGUUUACRCGUGGCCAUUGCAUUGAGUGUGGAGAGCAUGGAAAGGACUGUCCAGAAAUGGGAUAUAACGCCAUUAAGUACAACGGCUUAGAGAAUGGAAACUUUUAUCUUUACACGAAUGCACAAGCUCCGUAUUGCGUACAUCGUUACAUGAACGUAAAAUUCCAAACUGGUUCUAGCUGGUUUGCAGAUGGAAACAAUCCCAGAAUUCGCGUCAAUGGAAUGAAAGGUACCUCUGGAGAAAUUGCAUUAAAGGGUCACCUGGAGGACGGGAGCACAGAGCAGUUCAUCGCUCCAAUUAAGUCUGAUCUUGGUGAGCUACAAACCAUAGAGGUUAAACAUGAUAGCUGGUUCUUUGAUCCAUGGGAUGUAAUCAAAGUUUCUGUUCAGUUCCUUGGCAGCACACAGUGGUACACUGCUUGCUACAGCAUCAACGUUUACGGCUCUUUUCAAAGGAGAGAGCUGAAAAAAGGAGAAGUGGAUUGCUGAUUACAAGACAUAGACCAUUUUGACAUUAUUUCUUGUCAAUGAUAUAAAGAGCCUUUGUGAACUAUAA